AUGAGAUUUAGUUUAAUAUUCUUCAUGGUUAUGGGGAUCAUUGCCCUCUUUAUUGGAUCAAGUGAAGGAGCGCCCAAAGUAAAUUUUAAAGCAAUCAAGAAAGGAGGAAAAGUAAUAGGUAAAGGAUUUAAAGUAAUCAGUGCAGCCAGUACAGCGCAUGAAGUUUACGAACAAAUUAAAAAUAGAAGGCAUGGUUAA